CGCGGUUUGAGGUUAGGUUUCGUGCGGUCCUCUGAUCACUUCAAGUAACGGGUAAGGAUCUGCUCUCAGAAGUGACCGCGUCUGCAGUAGAACUGUAUCGAGCGGAGAUCCGAUACUCGGGAUGUGCUGCGAUUAGGUGCCCAUGUUGUGAGUUUGUGUGUUGUGCAUUAGUGUUGCCUCUUAAGAUGUCAAGGAUACUUCGGCGGUUCAAGGUCACGCCGAGCGAGCGCAGCCAGCAGGACGCCAAACAGAGGCAGCAAGAGACCAGUUUCUCCGCCGAAGGAGCUUGGACAGCCGGACCCGAGUUCGCGGCCAAAACUCCAGAUGAAGGACUGAACAAAAUCGACGAUUUCAAUAGAAUAGGCUCAAACAAAUCCUUGAGCAGAAGCAAAAGAGUUAAAAGCUUCAUACAGAAAAAGUGUAAGGACUUUUCUAACAGCUUUGGGAGCUCUCAUGGCGAUGAAACCCCGGAGCUCGGAGGAACGACGGUAGUACCGAGAAGUAAAAGCACGUCGAGAGCCAACUCCGAGCUUACGACCACAUCUUGGUACGUCGCGAACGAUUACCAUUCGGACGAAGAAGUGUUCAGUCACGUGACCGUGGUUAAGGUUGGGGUGGAAGUGCGGGACACCCAGAACGUCACUACGGUCGCGAUCGGUAAACAAGAGUUGGUUAAAGUCGACGAACCGGAUUCAGUCGAAGUCAGCGAUACUGUUGACUCCAGAAACGAGGGUGGGACGGAUUUAGGUAAAUCAGAAGAAACCUUAGCUGCUAGUGAUUGUGACGAUGAGACUUUCGUCCUUGCUCAAGACAAUACAGAAGAGGAGAUUGCUAUCGCAGAUAGUGACAUUCCUAAAGAAAAUCUCAACCAAAAAAGGACAAAUAGUGAAGAGACCGUUGUUGCAGCACCCAUUUUAGAGCCGAAGACGGAGAUAGAGCGUCUGACAGAUCAGUACUUCGGCCACCUGUACUCAAACUACCACGUGACCCGCCCCGUCCUGGUGAGACAGGCCCGGGAUCUUCUAGUCUGUAGCUACCACGGCAACACUGCUCGCUUCGAGGCAGAGUUCUGUCAACCGGCCGCGGCUAUCAUGGCAGAGGUCAUACAGCGGUCAGUCAUAGAGGUAGCGAGUGGUCUGUCUCCGCGCGGGUGGCCACUGUCGCUGGGCAGUCGCGGAGUUGUGCUGCACCUGGGCGAGCUGGACUCUUCCCUGCUGCGGUCGCGCGACUGCUACCUCUGCGUGCGCGUGCCGCAGAGUUCUGCGCCGCAGGUGGCGCUGGUGUGGCCAGGCGGGAGUCGCGCCACCAGCCCGCCGCCAAGUGCGCUCGCCAUGAUGACGGCCGCGGAGGAGCUCCCGGACCUCCUGCACCACCUCGUGGUGUCGGUGGAGCGCGCCAUCGAACGCGUGCCCCUGGACGAUCUGCCCUUUCCUUGCCCUCAGUGCCACGAGUGUCUCGCGGAUCAAGAGUGCGUGUCUCGCUGUCAGUGUGCCACCGCUGCUGAGAAGCGUGACUCCUGCAUGCAGACCAGCCCCAUGUAUGAGCUGGACGCUUCUAUCCCCCACAUAGACAGUGACGAGGAGCAUGACGAUGACAAGAAACACAGCCUGGGAAGGACCGAGGUCCUGGUGGUGCCCAGAUGUAUAGCGGAAGUCUCCGAGAAACUGCUCAUGUCCGGCAUCUACUUGCCAGGUGUCCACGAUCAGGAGGGCAGAGCCGUGGUCGUGUACGACGCCGCCGUGGUCGCCAGAGCAGCCCUUUCUCACACGGAUGUUGCCAGGGUCAUACUCUACUACUCUACCUUGCCCGUCAGGCCGGAGCGGACGGUGGACGGACUGACCGUGGUAGCUGUCAACUGUUCCAGCCCGACCGACGGUCUUCAUUUCCUCGACAAAUCACUGGCCUCGGUCACGUUAACGCAGAGGGUAGCUCUCGUCCUAAGUUCCAACCCACAACAACCGCCUGGCCUCACCACACUACCCCUUAGUAAAACAAAGUGUCACAUUGUCAGUGAUGCAAAUGAUCUUCUCCAUUUCAUCCCUGAAGACCAGACACCUUCUGAAUGCGGUGGACGUACCACACACGAUCAACUCGAGUGGGUCGAAUUUUUCAAGGAGCUCGAACCGUUCAUCAGCAGCUGUCAGGCGUGUGGGCGGCGUCUGGUAGGCGUCAUGUCGGACGUCAGAAGCGCCGUGGACGGUACGCUGAGUCGGCGCCAGCUGAGCAGUCAACAUCGUACCAUGAGUAGGGUUCUACACGACUCGGAGUUACAACGUCUCAGGAGGGACGGCCACACCACCCUGGCGGCUCUGGAGGACAGAGCGCAGUGGCUGCCAGACAACGAAGAUGUCAGGUUGGGUGUGGAGCGAGCUGAAAGGUUGUUCUCAGAGGUGGAUAGAGCAGCUAAACGGUUGGAAGAGCUCAGUGACAAGCGUCGUGAGAGACUCAGAGACCUCUCCAGGAUGAGAGCCCUGGAGGAUGAAACCUCUCAGGUGCUGACCUGGCUGAACCACAAGGGUGAGGAUAGCCUAAAGCGUCACGCCAAGUUGGCCAGCACCCUUCCCGCCAUCAAGCAACAAGAACAAGACUUCGAGAAAUUUUACUUCAUCUCCAUGCGACACCUGGACAAGGGUGGAGAUCUGCUGGAGGAAGCGAGCCAAGUAAGCGGCCACAACGGAAACGGCCUUCGCGACCUCGCGCGUUCUCUCAAGAAUCACCUGCGAGGCUUCAGCGAACGGCUAGAAGACACCCGUGAGCGCCUAGAAGACACCUCCAGAUGCUUUUAUUUACUGGAUAAGGCCUACGAGUGGGCAUUGGAAGCAAUGAAGUACAUGUCCCGCGUAAAACCAGAGGAUGCCCAGAACCCAGAGCCUAGCGUAAAGCAGCUGAAACAGUACCUGAUGGCACAUCCGCCUCUGCCCCAGGAGCACUUCACCGAGAUGCUGGGACUGGCGCAGAAACUGCACAAUGACAAGCUCAUAGAGCAGUGCAAGGUGGCCCAGUGUAGGUGUGAGGAGACGAUGGAGCAGGUCAGAUCAGUGUUGGGGGGCGAACCUCCAGCUAUGUGGACUAGCACCCCACUCCCCGGGCGGCGGCGUAGCCUUCCAUCCCCUCAUCCUUCCCCACCUACCUGCCCGUGCUGGAGCGAGACCCCCACGCUGCCUACACCACCACUCGACCACAUCCGAGAAGAGUGCUACUGCCCACCCCACCCUCUGCAACGAUCUUGUACCUGGCAGUACCCCACUGAGCACUAUGACGAUGAAGACAACACCACCUCCUCCGCCGAUAACACCACCGAGGGCAGCGAGGCGGGUACUAAGAGUGGCGAGGACAUGGAGGAACAUGGUGACGCCUGCGGCAAGCCAGUGGCUCCGAUAGCUGUGAACAGCCACCUACACUGUGACCUGUCUCUGCAGAUGGACAAUAUGCAGGGAGGCACUCAAACACUGAAGACAAAAAAAACCAUGUUACUAAUAAUGAGAGAAAUGAUCCAGACUGAACGUGACUAUGUCAAAUCCUUAGAGUAUGUUAUUGAAAACUACAUUCCUGAAUUGAUUAGAGAAGACAUUCCCCAAGCCCUUAGAGGUCAGCGGAACGUUAUCUUCGGAAACAUCGAGAAGAUCUAUGAGUUCCACAGCCAAUUCUUCCUCCAGGAGCUGGAACGGUGUGAGCAGACACCACUCUCUAUCGGACAAUGCUUCCUGAGACAUGAAAAAAAGUUCUACCUGUAUGCUCUGUACAACAAAAACAAACCAAAGUCUGAUUCGUUGAUGUCUGAAUAUGGAACUGUCUUCUUCAAGACCAAGCAAAUGGAGCUGGGAGACAAGAUGGACUUGGCCAGUUACCUAUUGAAGCCGGUGCAGAGGAUGGGAAAAUAUGCUCUUCUUCUGCAGCAGCUUAUGAAGGCCUCCAGACAGGAUGUGGCAGACCUUCGGGAUGCUGAAAAGAUGGUUAGGUUCCAGCUGAGACAUGGCAAUGACCUUCUAGCAAUGGACUCUCUCCGGGACUGUGAUGUCAACGUGAAAGAACAAGGACGCCUUCUGAGACAAAAUGAGUUCCUGGUUUGGCAAGGAAAGGGAAAAAAGUGCCUUAGGCAAGUCUUUCUAUUUGAAGAAUUGAUCCUUUUCAGUAAAGCACGAAGAUUCCCUGACAGAAAGAAUCUUGAUAUCUACAUCUAUAAAAACAGCAUCAAAACAAGUGAUAUAGGACUGACGGCAAAGAUCGGAGAUAGUCCAACAAAGUUUGAGAUUUGGUUCAGAAAGAGGAAGCCAAACGACACCUUCACGUUGCAGUCCAUGUCAGAAGAUAUCAAACAAGUGUGGGCAGAUGAGUUGUCCAACCUCUUAUGGAAACAAGCCGUCAAAAAUCGAGAAAUGCGGCUGCAAGAAAUGUCCUCAAUGGGGAUUGGCAACAAACCCUGCCUCGACAUCCGGCCGAGUGCUGACCAGAUCAGUGACAGGUCCAUCAGCAUUGCUCAACUCAGCAAAACAGCUCCCCGUUUCCGAAAUUCCAUUGCCAUUGCCCCGAGCGAGACCGUGCGUAAACGACCGCAUUCCAUCAUCUCAGUGAGCAGCUCUAGCGGAGCCAGCAGUUCGAGCAGCAGUGAGCAUCGACUGCACCACAGCCAGUGCUCGAGUGCAGAGAGCGGCAUCGUCAGUGAUUGGCAUACUUCCACAUCCAUUGCGAGUGACUCCACUUCACCUAGCUGGCCGGAGCAACACUGAGCGCACAAACUCCACAUCCAUUGCGAGUUACUCCCAGCUGGCACGAGCAGUAAUGAGAUAAUCGACUCCAUAGCCAGUUCUUGGGCACAAAAUGGCAUCGUCUGUGAUUGGCACACUUCCACAGCCAUUGCAACUUACCCAGCUGGCUCUUACACUACUGAGUGUCACCUGUACAAACUAGCUUAGGGAACAAGCAUGUGUGCCUUUAGCGUUCGUGUGCUAAUCAAAUAAAAGUCUGCUUUAAUCUAGGUUACUGAAACACUGAGGGUGCUGAUACGCGAUGUGAUUUUUGUUUUUGAAGUGACUAGUUUUCCCACAGCUCGUGCGAUUUAAUCAAAAUAAUUUAACAGUUAAAUUUUAUAUAUAGUCAAUUCAGCUUUUCGAUGUUUAUUCUCAUUAUUUACACAGAUUAGAAGUAACAUUACAAAAUGGAUUGUAGAAAGUAACCGAGAAAAUAGUUGUUCAAUUAAAUUUUUAUAAUUAUAGUUUAUCUUUAAAAAUGAUUUAGUUGUUUAUCUAGAUUUUUCAGCCUGAUAAUAUUUAGAUUUAAAAGUUCUUUAAGAUUGCAUUUUACAUUCUAACAUCCCACAUUUAGAUAAUUCAUUUUUUAUGUUUAUGGCAGUUAUGUAAAUUUUUUCGUCUAAUAAAUAUUAUAGACCAACUAUUUGAAAUUACAAUCACCUAUUGUUCUAUGAACUUUGCUACUGUUUUGUAUAUAAAGUAACAAUAUUUUUAUGUACAGAAAAUUUAUUUUUAAUAUAAUGUUACUAUCAUAUAACAUAUGAUGUCUAUCAUUAAAGUUUCUCUGUAAAAUAGACCAAUAAAUAAAUAUUUAAUUUAUAUUCGAUCAAUUGAUGCACUUAUGAAAGAAUAAUACUUUGUAUUCAACACGCUUUAAAACUGAUGAACUCACCUUGCAUUAGACAUAUUCUAGUGUAUUAGUGUGUCUCUUGUAUUUAUUUUUAUCUUCCAAACAAAUUAUCUAUUUUUUACUUCUGUUGUGUAAAAAGUUUUGCUUAGCGAAAUAAUUGUACAGAAAGUUUAGUUAUAUGUUUAUUCCAUAUUGUAAAAUAACUGUAUCAAAUAUAAAUCUUGUGUUACCAUCUUUUAUAUCAUUAAAUACAAUAAUAUAAAAGAAAACGCUAUUCAACACUUCUUUGAAAUAAUUUAUUUAUGUUGUUCAACCAUGGAAAACAAAAUGCAACAUUUUCACAUGGUAUUCUUCAUGUAGCUUUCGUUUUUUACAGUCAUUUUACAGUAUUUUUUACUAUAUUAAGUUACGAUCAAAAUAUAUUUCAUUAUUGUAAUAUAUAAUGUAAGAAUAUAUUUAGAUUUGAAUCUACGUUAAAUGUAAAUAAUAGCAUUAUUUGUGUUGGAAUUAUGAGCCAAGAAGUUGGUCCAUGAAAAACUGUCAUCAGAUUUAUGUAAAAACAUUUAAAUUUAUGUAUGUUGCAACUUUGUGUGAACUUCUGUUUAUUUAAAGUUAGUUUUAGUUUACUUCAGCCAUAUUAAUAUAUUACUCAAUAACUUUGUAAAAUAAUUUAAUUUAAAACUGUUUGGUAUUUGUUUUAUAUCAGCAGCCUGUGUGAGAUUCAUAAGAAAUUGUUUCCUUUCAAAAUCAUUAAAUGGAUACAAAAAAAUCCUAACUGUGCAUCCUUUGGUUAAAAUAUCUAUAUUGGAAAUUACACUAAAAAGUGCAUUGGAUUUGCAUUUAUCAGUCAUAAAUUUAUUGUAGUACCUUUGGGUUUUUAUAGAAGUAUGAUGUAUUAAAGAGGAAAUAAAUUUUUUUUACUGGAA